AUGUCGUUUUCGUUCGAUCAACCCUCCAUGGACUGGUCCCACCCUGAAACCUACAGCGAAUUUCUGCGGUUCAGACAACACGUGGAUUUCGUUUUCAAGGGACCUUUGUGUAAAGCAGACAAAAAGGACAAGGCCGGAUGGCUAGGUAUUUGGAUAGGAAAGCAAGGUCGCGAGAUAAAUAAAACAUUCGAUUGGGAUGACGGUGAGGAAGACGAUCCCAAGAAAAUAUUGGACAAGUUCGAUGUGUAUGUCAGACCGAGAAAAAACAAGAGAGCCGCGCGAUUCAAAGUCAUGCAGCGUAAACAGAAAGAAGGUGAAUCUUUUGAUAACUUUGUAAAAGACUUACGUUUAAUCCUUAUGGACUGUGAGUAUGCAGACACCGAUGACAUCUUAAUUGAUGCAAUUAUUGCAGGAGUAGCACAUAAAAAAGUACAAGAACGACUACUUGAUCAAGGACAGGGCUUAAAUCUUGCCAAAACUCUAGAUAUAGGGCGCCAGUAUGAAAUGUCCCAAUCACAACUAAAACUAAUCCGAGGAUCUGACGAAAUACCAAUUUCCAAACUUGGAUCAAAACAGAAGAAGCCUGAAACAAGGAAACAUGACAGUAAAAUAAAGCAAAAGACUGAACAAGUAAGAAAUACUUGCACACGUUGUGGAUUCGACGCUAACCACAGCAAAUGUCCAGCAGUCGGUACCACUUGUAACUACUGUAAAAAACCAGACCAUUGGAGAUCAGUCUGUAUGAAGCGUAAUCGGGCUAAGAUGUACUCAUUGGAACCAGAAGACUUAUCCAAUUCAGAUGACUGUGAUGAAGAUGCCAUGAUAGAUAUUCUUUCUACCAGUGAUGACAGAUCAUACACUCGUAAGUCAGAUAAAUGGCUCGUUACACUGUAUGUUUAUGACAGACCUCUAGAAUUCCGCAUAGACACAGGAGCUAAAUGUAACGUAAUCAUCAUGUCACAGUACAUAAAAGCAGACUUACACGCCAAUGAGCAGAAGUCUCAGAAAAUACUGCGUUCAUUCACAAACCACAAAAUUUGUCCAGAAUUCUGCGUUGACUUACCACUCACUAGUCAUAUUGGUGAUACACCUAUUACAACUAAAUUUGAGGUAGUAAACGUUUCGCAGGAAAACAUCAUAACUGGUUCUACAGCCGAGAAGCUUAACCUCAUUAUGCGUGUGGACACUGUUGAAUGUGAUUCGGUGCAGCUAGGACAGUUUAGUGACUUCCCAGACCUAAUCCGUACCACUGGAACUCUUCCAGGAGAACACAAAAUUAAAAUUGAUGAACAUGCAAAAGGUGUGAUUCACCCAGUGCGCCGUCAGCCAGCAUCGUUAAAGCCAAGAAUCAUCGAAAAGCUGAGAGAAAUGGAAUCAGAUGGCUACAUUGUACCCGUUGAAGAACCUACCGAGUGGGUAAGCUCGAUGGUUGUGAGCCUUAGGAACAACAAAGUGAGAAUUUGUAUUGAUCCUAAAGAUCUUAACGAGGUCAUAAAGAGAGAACACCACCCCAUGAAGACAGUAGAGGAAGUGUCAUCCUCUAUUCCUGGUGCAAAAGUAUUUUCAGUUCUUGACGCCAAAUCUGGUUAUAUGCAAAUUAAACUUGACAAUGAAUCUUCAUACCUUACGACUUUCAAUACCCCAAUUGGUCGUUUCCGUUGGCUUAGACUUCCAUUUGGCAUAAAGUCAGCCCCAGAAAUAUACCAACGCAUUAUGGACCAAAUGCUAGAAGGAAUUGAAGGAGCUUUCGCAAUAAUGGAUGAUAUUCUAAUUGCAGGCCGGGAUAGGGAACACCAUGAUCACAUCCUUGAAGCAGUAAUCAAGAGAGCGACGGAAUUCAAUCUGCGCCUCAACUUUGAUAAAUGCAGAGUUCGCAAGACGUCAGUACCUUACAUAGGACAUAUCAUCAGUUCCAAAGGCAUCAGUCCAGAUCCUGAGAAAAUUAAAGCAGUGUGCAAUAUGCCAGCCCCCACGAACAAGGAUGCUGUGCGGAGAUUCCUAGGACUGGUGCAAUACCUUUGCAAAUUUAUUCCAAAUAUGAGUGAAAUAGACGCGCCUCUUAGACAACUUUUGAAAGCCGACAUUCCAUUCCAAUGGGAUAAAACACACCAAGAGAGUUUCGACAGACUAAAAACCGCUUGUACAACCGCUCCAGUCCUUGGACUCUUUGAUGUAAGCAAGCCAACAGAAAUACAAUGUGAUGCCUCUAAAGAUGGACUAGGAGCAAUCCUCAUGCAGGAAGGCCGUGUCAUUGCAUACUCCUCUCGGGCGCUUACAGAAACAGAAAAACGAUACGCUCAAAUUGAAAAGGAAAUGCUUUCAGUUGUACAUGGAGCAUGCAAGUUUCAUUGCUACAUAUUUGGCAAGCCAGUCACAGUUUACAAUGACCACAAACCACUAGAGCAGAUUUUCAAAAAGCCAAUUUUGUCCGUGCCUAUGAGACUUCAGAAAAUGUUACUUAAGUUACAGUGGUAUGAUUUUACCUUUAGAUAUCGAAAAGGCAAAGAUAUGGCAGCAGCCGAUGCAUUGUCAAGAGCUUUCUUACCAAACAGUGAACCAGACCUUGAAAUAGCUGAUGUAAAAGCUUUCGACUUGUUGUCCGUCAGCAGGGAAAGACAAGAAGAUAUCAAAGAGCGCACCCUUAAUGAGCUACAAGGUUUAUACACUGUUAUCAUAAACGGUUGGCCGGACACGAAGAAUGAAACUCCAGUCAGUGUGCGGGACUACUGGACAUCUCGUAGUGAACUCUCUGUAAUGGAUGGGGUAAUAUUUAAAGGCAUGCGCAUAGUGAUUCCACCUACUCUUCGAUCACAUAUGCUCAGUCUAAUACACAAGUCUCACCUCGGCAUUGUGAAAUGCAAACAGCGUGCCCGCGAAGUGAUGUACUGGCCUGGAAUGAACUCCCAGAUCGAGCAGCUUGUUAAAGACUGUGAGAAGUGUGCCACGUUCCAGAACUCGCAACCACCAGAAUCCUUAAAACCAACACCAGUUCCAGACCUACCGUAUGCUGUAGUGGGGUGUGACUUAUUCGACUUUGAGUCAAAGAAGUUCCUCGUGGUAGUGGACUACUUUUCUAAGUAUAUUGAUUGUAUGGAGAUACAGUCGCAGUCAUCAUUUUCUACUAUUGAAACUUUGAAAUGUUUAUUUGGAACCCAUGGAAUUCCAAAGGAGAUCCGAUCCGAUAACGGACCACAAUUCAGUUCAUAUGAAUUCCGAAAUUUCUGCAAUGAAUUGGACAUCAAACAUGUUACGUCUAGUCCACACUUUCAAAGCUCAAACGGCGCAGCUGAGCGCGCAGUCCAAACUGUAAAGCGUCUAUGGAGAAAGUCAGUAGAUAAACAGCUUGCUCUUCUGGAUUAUAGGACAACACCACUAGAGGAAGUGAAUCUAUCUCCAUCACAACUUCUCAUGGGAAGGAGGCCACGCAAUACAUUACCUGCAGCAUCAGAGAUUCUGCGACCAAAGAGCCAAAAUCUUGGAAGUAUUAAGCAGGGUCUACAGUCAGUCAAGGACAAACAGAAAGCCAGAUUCGACAACAAAUGGAACAACAAGGAGCUGUUGCCGCUCUAUCCAACCGACCCAGUACGUGUCAAGCCACAGCAGGGAGAGAAGGAAUGGAUUCCUGGAGUGAUUGUACGUCAUCAUGAAGCGCCGCGAUCAUAUAUGGUGCAAGUUGGAAAUCGACAGCUGCGUCGAAAUCGGAAACACCUUAGAUCCUCGACACACAAAGCAAAUGAAACGAUUGAUGACCAACCAGAUGAUGGAAAGCUUCAUGUCGAAAGUCCGCCCAAAGAAAGUUCACAAGAACCUACCAGUUUGACUCAAGCUACCACCAACAAAACUGAAAACUCAGACCACACUCAACAGGCCUCUACCAGCAUUACUCCGAAGCCGAAUUCCACUAGAUCAGGGAGACGUGUUAUUCCACCCAAAAAGUUAGAUUUGUGA